AGGGAAAAAAGGCAGAAAGAGCGUGUAAGGAAGAGGAAUUUACUUAUAGGCUGGGUGAGAAUCAGCGAAGUUAGGCAUUAUCUGCAAAUUCUAUAAAUUUACAACAUAUCCCUAUACUGCCAGUGCUUUUCUGGAGCUCAAAAGUUAUAAAAUUUGCAGAUGAUCCCUAAUAUCGCACCUUCUCGCCCAACCCCUAUAGCUAUUUGGCCAAUGGGUGUUUUACCAUUUGCUUACAUGCUCUGUAGCUUCCAUCCUGUUCCUGUUUUAGUGUUAUAGCCCUUUCAAUUUCAGCCGGUAGUUCCGCAUAGCUAUCUAAUUCAUGUCUGUCUUUUCCUAUACACGCUGUAGUCCCUAUCCAUCCUUAUUAAGCAUACAGUUUUUCUGUUUGAGGUUUUUCCCUUUAAGCACACAGAUCACUCUGUGUUAACUUCCAGAAGCUACGAGAGACGCAGGGAAGCAGAAUAUGAAAGGGACGGAGCAGUGCUGUGUUCGUUAGCCAGGCGUUAAACGAGAAGCUACGAGAGACGCAGGGAAGCAGAAUAUGAAAGGGACGGAGCAGUGCUGUGUUCGUUAGCCAGGCGUUAAACGAGCACUAAAUGGAAUGCACUCCAGCAUCAAACUGGGAAGAAGACUUCCAACGGUUUUUGCGGGUACUUGAUUCUGGGCCUCUAGAGUCUAUCACUGCUCUCAGUGGUUUGCAGAGUUUCCAGGGACCAUUCUUUUGGAAAAAAAUUAUGGAGAUGCUGUGCACAGAAAAACCCAGCUCUGAAGAGUCAGAUGGAAAACUAACUUUAAAGCCAGCACUCCUACUCCUCCCAGUUAAUUUGCAAAGAAACAUCUUCAGAUUUCUGAACCUUUCUAUUUCACUAGUGCCACAUAAUUGUGUUCGUCUCUUGGUAAAAACUGUCAAUGCAAAGAAAGGGUACGUGGAUGCUUGGCUGCUUACACUCAGCAGGAUGUUGCUGGCAGAAACUAAGAUCCAAAAAUCACCUUCUAGCCAACUCAUAAUGAAACCGUUACAGUCAUUGUGCCAUUUUGGGAAUGAACGUCCUAAACUAGGUUGGCUGAAACAAGAUGCUAGAACUACCAAACGAACGUGGACAGAAGAUUUGGAUGAAAGUCCUCUUAAGAGGAAAGAGGAAGGUCCUUAUAUAAAUAAGCUGUGCUUGGAAAUACCUAUUAUGGAAAAUGAAACUCCAAGUACUGCAUGUAACAAGCAAAAAGUCAAAACCUCAGUCAAAGCAGAGAGGACACUGCAGGUACCCGAGACAAUUAAGCUUCACAUUACCAGACUUCGAGAGCUGUUUCAUGUUGAAGGGGAAUCCUUGCAGUCGUGGGACGAUACAUUUCAUGUUGAUCUAAAGGAGCUAUGUCAGUCGUGCAACCCAGAGCAGCUGCAAUGUAUUUUAUCCUCUCUGGGUGUUGAACAACUAUCGUCACAGUCUCUGUUGCAGUUCUGUUGCCAGCUACAUUCUAUGUCUCCAGAUCUUAGUUUCUCUCAGUCUUUGGUGUUGGCCAACCUCCUCUUUAGAAAAAAGGUACUGUCCCUGACACUUUCAGCAUCUCGACCUCUCUUGGCUGCUCUGUCAAUGUUCUGUAUGAAAUACGCUCGAUCAGCAUGCAACAUUCUUAUUGAGCCAUUGCUGCAGGCAGAGACAGGUUCUUUACAAAUAGAUUUUGUUUGUCGAAUGAUGACUGAAUGUCUUCAACUCGAGCAGCUUUCUCUCUGCUUUGGUCCUAUUCUUAAAGUACCAUUAUGUGAGGGGUCGCUUAGUGUACUGUACAUACUCCUGGAGAAACAGGUUCUGUGUUUUCCGCUCCAUAAGAAAUUAAAUGCUAACAACCAUGUGAAGAAAGAAUGUAUUUACUGCUGUGCAGUCAUCUCUUGUUCUGAGUUUGAGCUCCUACUCAUUUCAUUAUGUCAGUCUGCUGAUAACUUAUCUAAAUCUGUGUUGUUCUCCAAAUUACUGAUGGCCAUCAUGAGAAAAAAUCAAAGUCUGAUUCUACCUUCUCAUCUUGUGCUGUUAUCUAAUGCAAUUCAUUGUAACCAAACCUUCCUGAAAAAGUCUCUGCAAGGUGCUUUUAAGAGAUUGCAGCAAAAUAUAACCUGACUCAUUCUUGUGCUUGAUUAAUAAAAAAAUUUUAAUGCUA